AUGACAACACCAAACCAAAAAAUAUCGGUGACCUGGUCAUUGAAAGAAAAGUUAUCUUUCUUUGUUGUUGUUGAUGAAUACGCGAUCGAAAGUGUGGUCAAUGAUACCAUCACUUCGAUGUCAAUACCGGCAUUGUUUUUAUAUUAA